AUGGCAGAGCGAAAGGUUUUAAAUAAGUACUAUCCGCCGGAUGUCGAUCCGGCAAAAAUUCCAAGGCGACGCAUGCCCAAGAAUCAACAGAUAAAUGUUAGAAUGAUGCUUCCGAUGAGCAUUCGCUGCAGCACAUGUGGAAACUACAUAUAUAAGGGUACGAAGUUUAAUUCACGCAAAGAAGAUGUGAUUGGAGAGAUGUAUCUUGGAAUUCAAAUAUUCAGAUUUUAUUUUAAGUGCACCAAAUGUUCAACCGAGAUUACCAUGAAGACGGAUCCUCAAAACUCUGAUUAUAUUGUUGAGUCGGGAGCUGCAAGAAAUUUUUUUUUUAUGACAAGGUGA